UUACCGUGGUGCUGGAGAAAGGAAUUAGAUUUUUCCUUUCGAAAUCAAACACUCCAUACUUUUGUUAAAUUUAGGAAAAUAUGAAGUCAUAUUUAGUUGAGUUAUUCCCACAAGAAUUUACUUCCUCUUUUUUCAAUAUAUUUCCUUUUUAUGAUAUGAUAAGUUGGGUAGAAUGGAGUAAGAAUUUAAAAAAUCUCAUUUUGGUAAACUAAUGCUCAUGCACGUCUGGAGCUGUGAAAAAUUGAUUCCCAGGAAAAUAUGUUUCAGAUUUAACUAAGGAGUAACGUACAUACAUUUGAAUCCUAUCCGUUUCAUUAGGAUUCAAGUUUCGUUUUUGUAUAGCUAAGUUUUUGAGGUCUUGGGUGGCGGAUAGAUUGGAGAGAGCCAUGGUGAACUUCUUUUGGGUUGGCUUUGUACCAGCACUUGUUUUCAGAACUUGGGUUGAUAGGUUUGUGGAAGAGAAGAGUCUUGAUGCGACGGUGCCUUCUUUGUUGGAGACCUAUGGGAGCUCCAAGUCUGCAAAUGACAUACUCAUGGUAGAGAUAACACUCGUCGAAGGAGCUGCUGCCCAAGGAGCAGUCUGCCUGGAUGGAACAGUACCUGCUUAUCAUUUGCAUCGUGGAUAUGGAUCAGGGGUGAACAGUUGGCUCAUUGACCUUCAGGGAGGAGCAUGGUGUAAUGACACCAAAAGUUGUUCUAACCGCAAAUUUUCAGCGUAUGGAUCAUCAGCACACAUGGAAAAAGAGAGAGCAUUUUCUGGAAUACUAAGCAAUAAAUCUGAAGAAAAUCCCGAGUUUUUCAACUGGAAUAGAGUAGAACUUCGCUAUUGUGAUGGCGCUUCAUUUUCUGGGGACAGUGAAAAUCAGGAAGCACAACUGCAAUUUAGAGGACAGCGUAUAUGGUUAUCUGCAAUGGACGAUUUGAUGUCAAAGGGAAUGCGCAACGCGAAUCAUGCUCUUCUUUCUGGUUGCUCUGCCGGUGGUCUGUCAUCCAUUUUGCACUGUGAUGAGUUUCAGAGCUUGUUUCCCACAACUACAAAAGUGAAGUGCCUGAGUGAUGCUGGAUUUUUUCUCGACACGGUUGAUAUUUCUGGUGGACGCACACUCAGGGAUUAUUAUAGUGGUGUUGUAAGCUUGCAGGGGGUGGAAGAAAAUCUGCCGCGAUUCUGUACUAGUCACCUCGACCCUACUUCGUGCUUCUUUCCUGAGAACUUAAUCGCGAACAUUACAACCCCGCUCUUUAUACUCAAUGCAGCAUAUGAUUCAUGGCAGGUAAAUAACAGUUUAGCUCCACCAUCAGCAGAUCCCCGAGGCGAGUGGAACAGUUGCAGAUUAAACCUUGCAAGUUGUUCGGCAUCACAGAUGCAAAUUCUGCAAGGAUUCAGGAAUCAAAUGCUGAAUGCAGUAAAACAAUUCUCGGUGUCUAAUCAAACUGGGAUGUUCAUAAAUUCGUGUUUCGCGCACUGUCAAACGGGGCAAAGUGCAUGGUCUGCUCAUGAUUCUCCAGCUGUUGGAAACAAGACAAUUGCAGAAGCUGUUGGAGAUUGGUAUUUUGAUAGAGCAGAGGUUAAGGUUGUUGAUGAAACCUGCCACCAUCUGGCUCUCGAGUGAGCAUUGUUUGAUCGAUUAUUUACAUGGUCAUUGUAUUGAGUUGUCGGUACUAUAAUGCUAUCCCUUCUGGUUAAUGAAAUAACUUUGUAAUAAUUGGAGUCGAUAGGAUUCUAUUAUCAAAGUUCAAAGAACAAAAAAACAAAUGAAAGAAUUGGGGAGAAAACGGUAAAGCAUAUGGCUAAUGAGAAUGCCAACUCAUUGUACAACGAGUGCCUGCAGACGAUUGAAGAAUAUGCCUGCAGAUGACUGAAGAAUAUUCUCUUUCUUCAUUGGUGACAAUGGUGAGUAGUGUGGUGAUACCGGAUUCCUUGUCUGGACGAUGAAUUGGGUCCUUGUCUCCUACACAGUCAAUCUCUGGUCAUGGUCUGGACUCUGGACACGAUUUCCCCCUACUCCUCCGGACACAAAUUCAAGCAGUGUACUUGGAAGUAUGAUGAUAUUUAUUGUUGGAUACGUAUACAUGGCCUUUGUCAUCUAGUUGAUGUACAUGUUUCAGGGGUAAUUUGUAUACCAAAUGUAUAGAGAAAAUUGGGCCAAUUAGUAAGCAGAAUCCGUUCAUCUGUAGUUGGAGCAGGAUCUGCUCUCACAACAUUAAGAAGAGACGUACCCCAGUGAAGUAGGCACAAUCAAAUCUUCAUUGUCCCAAUUAAGUGUCUCUUCAUAAUUAAGCUGGAUCCAUGUCGAUAACAUCUCCACAACUACUGUAUUACUAUGCAUAUCGUUGACGAUAUGUUGUCCAUGUUGAUACCAAUCCAGCUACAAUGCAGCGGGAUCCCAUCAUUGAGAAAAUUAACUCCGAAAAAUAUCUGAAGAUCGAUAGGAAUUUGAUUGUCUUGUUUAUCAAAAUCAGUGUGAUUGUUACAUACACGACUUGGAAAACACUGUGUCCCUUAUAAACUACUAACACCCUUAGUUGUGUGGAUUGGAAAGGCCUUGAAUUGUUCGUUCCGAAAACUUCAAGCUUUUGUUAGAUUUAAGAAAUCAAU